AUGCCAACUUACCCUAUCCGUCGCCGCCCGCGCGAGUGCAAGACAUGUCUCCCAUGCCGAGCGAGCAAGGUCCGCUGCGAUCGCAACGUCCCCUGCGGCAAUUGCACCAAACGAAACUUCCCCUGCUCCUACGGUCGUCCGUCCUCUACGAAACACCCCCCUCCUGCUACCGUCGCCACUGCUUCCUCCACCCCAUUACAGCAGUCUACGUUCGCCUCCCCCACGAACCCCCCGUAUACCAGCUCAGCUCCCACAACUGAUGGCUCAUAUGCCGAUCACCCCUCGAGCACUAGCGCCGAUCCGGAUUUACCGGACAUAAUUGAUAUCUCCCAGGCGGAGUGGGAUGAAAUUAACAACAAGAUGGUCGCAAUGGAACAGAUCCUCGGCAGUCUGCACUCGCUCUUCCAAACACACUCGACUCACAAGCCGCCCGAGCCAGAGCGAGAGCCAGAGCGAGAACCAGAGCGAGAAUCAGAACCAGAACCGGUCGAACCAAAAGGUUCCACCCGGUCGGAAGGUGUCUACGGGUCGAAUGUCUUGAAGACGGGCGCGGUACAUCUGGGGUCGCGGUCGGCCCUGGUUGAUAUUUUGGACAAAUCAAAGCGGUCGGAGGACACAGCGCAGGCGCUGCCCCAGGAUGAUCUUCUUGCCGAACUGGCUUUGGGGAAUGAGUCGGCUGCAUACCCCUUUGUGGAUUUGUGGACCUCUGACCCGUUCACCUUCAAUAUCGCCGGUGUUUGUGCGGUUCUCCCGGAAGACGGCCGGUGUUUGGAGUUCCUGGCGUUUUAUCAAGAUAUCGGUGCAGUUUUAUACCCAGUACUUUCAGACACUGCACAACUAGGACGACAUACUAAACGACUUCUCGAUAAUCGACGACGAGCAGGGGGUGUUUAUAAAGCCGAUGCCAACGGAUUACUGAAACCAUUCGGGAUGCCGUUGGCUUUUCUCAGUCUCCUUUUUGCGGUUCUUGCAUCGGGGUGCCAGCUGUCUGGCAUCCCGGAAAGCGACCGUGAGUUGACCUCAUGGGUAUACGUUUCGUGUGCGUAUCAAUGCCUUCGAAUGUUGAAUUAUGUCUCGCAACCCAGUGUCGAAGUAAUUCAGAUUCUUCUCAUCAUUAGCAAUGUACUUUCAUACAAUAUGAAUGCAGGUGCAUCAUACACUUUGCUUGGUAUGACGGAGCGAAUGUGUCUUGUUCUCGGGCUCCAUGUUGAGUCGAGCGGGUUCUCACUCGCAGAGCAGGAAGUGCGAAGGCGCGUCUGGUGGACCAUGGCCUUCCAGAACAGCCAUUUCUCACUUGCCUAUGACCGACCAUCGAUCACUAUGGUCAGCCAGCCCGAAAUUCCAUUCGAUCCUAAAUCAAUGCCGGGCCACCGCUCAUAUUUCGAGACUCUGUGUCGCAUUGUAUCCUUGUCAUUGGAAGUCCUGCGGUCGCGUAUGUAUCCCGGAUCAUCUCAAUUACGUGUCCAUGAGAUCCGGGAGUAUAAACAACAAAUCCAGCGCAUGCUCGCUGAAGCGACUUCUCAUCUGCGGUAUCGCGACAACUGUCGGUCUCUAGCCGAGCAUAUUGAGCGAACCGAAUUGCGCUUGCACUCUUCCUAUCUUCUCUCUGUCUUGUGUCGCGUCUCCCUUGACCCACAUUCCCAUCUGGACGCACCGCGUCGCGCAAUGAUCCGCGAAGACUGUAUCGAUAGCCUAGUCAACACAAUCGACGCGUUUGUCGAAUUGCACGAGAUCAAUUCUCACUGCUCACGGUCCUGGAUCAGUCUGCAGCGAAGCAUUGCAUCGGCGUUUCUGCUCGUUGCAAAUGACGACAGCCCCCAGACCUGGCAGCUGAUCGACAGGCUGGAGAUGGUACUAGCGGACCAUGUCUAUGCAGACGAUGAGAUGAACCAGAACAACCGCACCGACUCCGCCAAGCAUCUGUCUUCGUCGCUCCGUGCCCUGCGUGAGAUCCGUCAGGCCUUCAGCGCUCGCACGAAUCGUUCGACGGGGCAAGCAUCCAGCACCACAUAUUCCCCACUUGUGUUGCCUUCCCCUCCCUCUCUCGAACCCAGCCCCAGCAUGCCGUCCACCAAUGCAGGUCUGCAGCCGAUGGAAGGGUUGAGCAUGCGGAAUAUCCUUGGUCGGGUUUCGGACGUGAUGUUGUUCCCCAGCAUGAGCGGGGGCAACCCAAUAGUGUAA